GUUAUUAUAGCUGCAUGAUUUGUUUGCUCUCCAUGUAAAUGGUCCGCUUCGAAUGGAAGAAAAGACCAACUAUUAGUUAUUUUCAUUCAGAAACCCGUGGUGGAAACGGGAUUUGCCUACCAGCCUCGACUUUCAGUUCAUGGAUCGUGCAAAAAGGCUAAAUUAUGAGUCACAUUUUUCGGGAUAUCGCAGGUAAAGAAUCACCUUAAAACUGAAACACCGACACCGUGAGGGAUACGAUCAUAUUUUCAAAUUAUUUUAACGAAUGUGUAUUAUAUUCAUUUUAAUUCAUAACAGUCAGCUGAUUUGACAACAAGAUAUUACGUUGUUUUUAUUUCUGUGGGACAGGAACGAUCAAGGAUGCUCAAUGAUUUCAGUGAACUAAAUGAAAGCGGUCGAAUAGGGUUUUACUAUGUUGCUCUUCCAUGUUUCAGAUCAUAAUUUUAAUGUUAAUUGGAAACUGCUUUAGCUAAAACAAAAGUGUAAGGGACUAUCAUUGAAAUCAAUCUGAUCAAUCUUGUUGUAAGCUUGGUUUUCCUUUUAAUUUUUCUCUCAAAAUUAGUUUGAAGGGUUUAAAAUGAACACAGUUCUCUUAUAUUAUGAAUUAUGACGAGCGGUAGACUCGUUGUACAGCCAUUGAGAAGUUAAACGACUCAAAAUAGCAGUCCAUGUUCAGUGUAUUUUCAUUAAUAUAAAUUGAUAUGCAAAUCUAAAUGACGUCCGUGAAAGACAACUGUAGUGACUCAGUGGCGUCUUUAAAUUCUGAUUUUACUUUAAUAUAAUGAGAUCGACUAUGAAGAUACCUUGGUAAAUUUAUAUUCUUCAGACUUCCCUGUCACAUAUAGCCACUCUUGACGUGCUUUAUAGAGUCACAAGAAUACACAGCUGGUAUCGUCGAUGUAAGAGCAAAGAAACUGAAAAGCUAACAGCAAUAAUCCUAUCAUUUUCACGACCAAUUUCCUUGGACUAGAAAGAAAGAGCUAAAAAAGUGGCAUGAAGUCAAAACUUUUUUGCCGCUAGCGCGAUCGGCGAACCUCUGUGCCGUCGUCUUAUUUAAAUUUAGGGUUGUGAUAUCGAUCAUGGAAAAUUGAUUUUCCUUUGACCGAAAGACCAUUAUUUCCUUUUUAAUGCAAAUUUAAUUAAUAUCGCUUGGACCUAGAAGCUACGCAAUCAAAUUGGUGACAUAAUUAGUUGCUGCAUGGUUCUGUUUUUGUCUAAGAAAAACAUUUGAUUAGCGUUUGUGUCGCUAAAGUUUUUUUCUUCUGCUUUUAGCAUUGCCAUCUUUCGCGGUCUGAGUAUGUGUUUCGCAUGGGUUACUAAAGAAAAUUAAUAUUUGCUUUGUAAGUUUACGCUGACGCGGAAAACGUCAUGAAACAGCUGAGGAUAGUUUAGCGGCCGUUUUCAGAUUCACUUUUUAUUUUGGAGCAAUAAUAACGUAGCCACGUAUUCAGACAUAGUUUGAAAGAAUUGAUUGGCUGUGAGAAAUAAGCAUUAAUAAUGACCAUUAAAUUGAACAUCUAGUGCUACCAUUAAACCGAAGAUGUCAUUGUGGUGUUCGAGUAUUACAAGUGGACUCCAUGGAACUUGAUUCCGGUUGUCUUUCAUAGCACUAACACAACAGUCAAGAGGUGAGGAACUUCGUAAUUAUUAGUUGGUUGAUUCUCGAACUUCCAUCACUCGACGGAGUAAUGUUUCACAUUUAUAUAUGCAAUCUUUGUGAUUGUUCAUGCGAAUACUGCAGACACCUACGUCGUCGGAUAUGGCGGAUCAAACAACACGUAUAUGUAAGUUUAUUGAAGCUUCGAUCGAGUUUGCUCCAUAAUAUUUUGAAACAUCGUUAAAAAAAUAACUGCCUCUGAAUUCCCUGAUCUAGGAAAAAAAUAAUCGGUCAUGAUUUUUCAGCUUUUUGUAAAUGCAAGAAACCAGAACUCAGGCUGAACAAUCGUAUUCGAAAAAAUAUGCUAAAGCGAAUGAAUAAAACCUCUGUCUGUAUGUACGUCUGCAAAGGUAGGUAACGGUCGAUGUAUUUGGCUUCCAUUGAAAGUCACCCCAUGUUUUCCCUCUACCCCAAAAAGAACGACAGUCACACCCGUACACUUGCUAAACUCACGAUAACCUUAAGAACCUUAUAAGCCAUGAGUAUAUUUACAACUCAUACAAAGAUGAAUCAAAUUGGUUCGGUCGUGUAUUCUUUUAUGCACAGGCAGCAGUAAAUUAUCCAUGCACUUGGUGUCUACAUUCACAUCAUUUGGAAAUUUAUAGGUUUAACUGGCCCUAAAAAUGGCAGAAAUCAGUUUCGUAUUCAGCUUGUGUUAUUAGGAAUGUGACGAAAAAAAAUAGCAAUCAGCGCAGUAAAUGUUCCGUCCGUAGUAAUUAUCAUUUAAAGCUACUUUAACACCCCAAACAAAGCGAAGUGUAUUAAAAGAAAUUCUGUUUUCUUUGUACACUUAACAUAAAGAAUUUAACAAUCGCCGAAAUACGUACGCUUUUUGCAAAAAUAAAAGCAGCUUUUUUCCUCGAACUUAGGAGCCGAACCAUUGACAAAUGGUGGUUUUCGAUUUGUUUUUUUAUGUGAUAAAUUUUAAACAUUGAGCUUAGUUUCCUUACUGUUACUGUUGUCAUUAUUGACAAGAAGGUUUUUUCCGUCCGUUAACUCAUAUUCGGAUAGGAUGUUUAUCUCAUUUGCAUAUUUUGAAAAUUUAAGAGAGCAUCAACAACAAUUCUGCUGUCCUUUUGCCCGCGUUACAAAGGCUGCCAGUGCGUUGUCAUGACAACACAGGCAGCGCGCACAAUACAGACUCGAUCGUAUAAACUGAAUGAAUUUUGAGAUGCUGUAAAAAAUUAGUCGCAUUCUGUUUUCUACUCAGUUUUGCUUUGAAAACCAUCUCGGUGAUACGUGACUCUUACAUCGUCAAAAAAACUUUAAAUGGUGCUUGCCCGUUUGCAAAUUUCACACAUUAAAGUCAUUAACUGAAAUUGAGAGCCAAUCAUGUCACUUCGAGGAAAGCGGUUUAAGAAGUUGGAAAGCAUCAAUUCAGGGGAUCGAUUCAGCGUUGCUGUAAGACGAGAGGAUCUUCUCGAUUUCACAUAAAAACUUUUACAAGCGUUGUUUUUUUAGGCGAGUGCCUUUCAUUGAAGUCUUUGUUGCCCAGAGACACGUGCGCCGGUUGUUGUAUUUACGUGAACUUGAAACCACCUGCAGUUUCUUAUUGGUUUCCUUUCAGAGAAAAUGUUUUACGAUUGGUCGGUUUUCCGCAACAGCUGUCAAGAUGAGCUGCACAAAUGAACAUUAUUCUCUCCAACCAACAUCAAAUGCUCGUUGUGGCAAAACUUCUCUCAUUUGUUUACAAUGGCAGCAGCGAAGGUGCAAUCUUUUCCCGUAAUCUCAAUCGGAAGGUAAUUUUUGUUUUUUUGGCCUUUUCAAGGCCUUUUCAGAUGUUGGGAAAUGGGAACCGGAGCUAGCAGUGGAGGAUCACAGGCAGGAUCGAAUCCAAAUGUCAAGGAAAGCCUUUCAUCGAACGAAUCGGAGAAUAAAUCGUCAAGAAAAACGUCGACUGUUUCGAAGAAACGCUCAAACGGCUUCAUUACAUUAAGCUAUGAGCCAACUCAUACUCCUCUCGCUCGGAAGCGAGGGUACAUCAAAGAGGGAUUUCCAGUUCACGGUCUUAUUCAAGACAAAUAUUUCCUGAUAAAAGAUCACUUUGAUGGAAUAGACAAACUAAAGACCUUGGACAAGUAUGGGGCGCCGAAUUUUCGCAAGAGUCGAGGUCCCUAUCCCGUGUAUGGAAUGGGUCAGCCUUCCAGGGACGGUUUAGCUCAUGUUAUUCAAACCUUGGUCGAAAGUGGGCAUAAAGUAAGUAUAAGCCAUUAAUUUUAUGAUAGCUACAAACGCAUCUGCAGAUCUUUAUCGACUUUCAGGGCAACCGAAGCGUUUAAGAAACCUUUUUAUGCACUGCGAUUGUUUUCAGCUCUUCUCAGUAAUCUGUAAAAAGCACUGCGGGUUGAUUUAGAUUUCCUAUUUGAUUUUGCAUCUCUCAAUGGAGAAUUAAAUACCUUUAUUUUCUGAAAAAAGUCGGUCGUCAUCUAAUCGAAAAUUUACAUGACGAAAUUAAUUUUUGUGAGGGCUCACAGGCCAAGUGAAUUUACACAGAUAUCGGUUUCCGCCGUUUCUAGAGAUAACUAUUAGGUAGUCACGUCACAGCCGGAUUCCGUUUCGCUGUACAACACACAGUAAACAAAAUAUAAGAUGGAUUCUCAGGAAAAAAAGAAAAGCCCUUCAUUUAGGGUUGAAUUUGCAAUUACAGUUUUUGUAGGGUUCAGCGUAAUAAAACUUUCAAAGGAUUCUCAGCGGGAAGUGUAUUUUUCUCAGUUUUUUUCGCCAAAAUGAUAACAAGGAACUUCUUGUAUUUUGUCUAAAUUAUGUAUGCUGUUAAGCAUUUUAUUCGCUGCGUUACAGAAACAAAAUUAAUUUUUCUCGUGCAAUCAUCGUUAUAAAUUGUAAAUAUUUUUUGUCUAAUCAAACCCUAAAAAUUUAAUUCUUCUAGUUAAAUAAAUAAACUCUGAAGAAUCUUCAAGAGAAGUCUGAUGACAAAUUAGAAAUAUUUAUCUGUAAGGUAUACUUGGCAAUCGCUAAAAUAUUAAAAUUCUGGCGGGAAUACUGUUUAUUGAUGUCAGUCCACAUAGUAACGUCAAAAUUUCAUAACUUGAAGAAGAAUUUUAAAGGGUGGCGCCUCUCUUAAAUCAGCUACAGUAGAAGGAAUUAAUGUUGAUUGUUUUAGCACCUUAGCGUUUUCUGGGAUUUCAUUGUGAACAGACUGAUAAAGAGAAGAUAGAAAAUAAUAAUAAUGAUAAAAAAGAGGAAACAAGUUUUCGAUCGAGGUUACACAGCAUGAUUUAAAUAAACAACAACGGUUUUCCCCACACUGAAGAAGGAUAAUACACCUGAAUCGUUUGUCGAUCAAUGUUAAAAGGAAAAACCGUCAGGGAUGCUUGAGUCUUGUAGUUAGAUAGCUGAUGAGGGAUAUUCGGUAGAGAAAUAUAAAAACUGUCAAAUUUAACAAACACAAACGUUUCAGGUGUAUGUUAUAAGAAAAUUAAAAAGAUUAAUAUUCGAACCUCUUGUUGUCAUAAGCGCUGAAGCAUUAACCGGACUCCAAGAGCGCACUUUUGGCCUGGCAGUAAAAACUUUCUGUACUACAUAUGCCGUAUCUACAAAACCAGAAAUGAUAAUGUUACGCAAAAGGCGAUGUUCAAAUCAGACACCAAAUGAAUUUAAUGUCAUCCUACUCUCUUAAAUAAUGUAUUUUUUUGCUGUUAGCUAUGUCUGUAUUUUCUUUAAAAAUUGAUGCUUGCCAAUAGAUCCCGAAUAGAUUCCGUUAAGAUAACUGUUUCCCGAACGUCAGAGACAGUCAAAGGAAUUAGAGGAAGAGCUUCAACGUUUAUCACCCAACAAUGAGGGCACCUAACGCUGGGAUACAUAAAGAACGAGAAAUUUAGUUUUGUAGUUUGUUGGCAGUUACAGAAGUUUUCUGCCCGGCCGUUAACAGGGACCUUACGAUCCGACAACGGCGACGUCCAUGAAAACGUCGCUGAAUAGACUUCGCCGAAUAGACUUCGCAUCCUUUUAAACUUUUUCGCGAUUAUCCCAAUUCGCCCUGUUACUUAAAAGAAGGGAAUUUUGGUUGGAGCUGAAGAGAGGCGACGGCGCCCGAGUUCAGACAAAGAAUGAAGAUGGUAGAAUUCAUCGCCUUGCCGUUCCCGUUCUCAAGUAAACUUAAAAUUUGGUCAUUUCACGUCGUAGUUGUGCAGAGGAAGCGAAGGAAAAAAGCGUGAUGCACGUGUAGAGUUGUUGUUUUGCUCAUUAAACCUAAUGCUUUUUUGACGUUCUCCUUGCCGUCGCCGUCGUAGUUUCGUAAGGUCGCUAAUGUCCAGCGCGCCCGCGUGCGCUUUCAUGGCAACACUGAAUCUCGUCAAAGUGAAAACUUUAUUUCUUUUCUUAAAAUCCUAACAAAUAAAUCUUGCUGUGCAUAAGUUCCGCCAAAGAAGUUUCAUUUGAAUCGUAACACCAUAGGAUCUCGUUCAGAAGAUUCUAAAGUUUGACGGCGGAAUUAUUACCAUGUAGGCUGAUUAAUAUAUUCUGUCUUGAUUGCUAAACAGACAGUGGCUAUUUUGAGUACAGCUAAAGUCGUACAAGUAUAUAGAUCCCAGAUCGGCGUCUCGUUACCUUUUUUAAACUUCAUGGUAACAAAAAGUAAAGAAUUACGAAAGAAAAAGAAAAGCUGAAACGACGGAUAUAAGUGAUCACUGGAAUUGCCGAAAGGUUCAAUUGUCAUGCCAAAUGUCGAUUUUUUUUUCAUUGUGAUCUUCUGAAGAGAAGUCGUCCUCUUUAGCUUUAUAUAUACUAAAAGAACAAUAUUCACUGCUUUAAUUGUUGUUUAAUGACCUUUUGGCGUAUUUUAACGUGUUUCAACCACUUAAAUAAUUUGCCGCAAACAUUUUAACGUUAAUUCUUUUUUACACGUCAAGCUGUCAUACAGACUGCAGCUUAAUGACAAAGGGUUUUGAAAAUGAAGCUUCAUGAAAACUCGCCGUAUUAAGCGAACCCGUGUAAGCUGUCACUGCCCUUCUCUAAAGCGGUCUGCACAAGUUUUGCCGAAAUUAUGGCGGAAUUCAGUAUUGUGAACCUAAGCGGGGCAACGUCUAACAUUGGAAUAAAUCUGUCGUCAAUUCAUCUCUUAACGGAUAGUUUUACUCGUCUAUAUUUUCUUCUUGAUUGUGUUUAGACUGGUUGAAUCUGUAUUUUUAAUAAACUUUCAUCCUGCCACAGUCAUAUUAAACGAUCAGUUGGCCAUUACUCAAGGGUGGUCGAUUAAUACAGGUUGAACUGUACAAGCUGCAAUAUACGUUUGUAAUCAAAUUUUGAUACCGCCUAUAGAAUGCAUUACAGCCAGCAGCCGCAAAAUACGUUGGAAACCAACGCACUUGUAUAGUAAACUGUACUUAAGUUUAUCCACUGAUGUACAUGGGGUACAUAAUGAAACGAAACUCUUGGAAAGUCGUAUUUAAUGCAGCGAUGGGGUAUAUUCUUGAUAUACGCAUAUUUGAGGCAGAUUUACAAUUUCAAGAGCUGCCCAAGUAGCUGGCCAAUAAGUCCGCAGUCACUUCACUCAGUUCAAUAUUCCGUUACACUUAAAAAAGGAAAGGAAAUAUUUCAAAGCGCACGUGAAUUUACUUUUUGUUUACUACAAACGAUACUUAUCAUGACUAUAAAACCUUUUAACCCUUUCACUGCCAGAGUGUUUGAUGGAGUUUUGUAAGGUGACUCUAACUUUUGAGUCUGUGGACGAAAUCCUAUGAUGUGACCAUUCAAAUGAAAGCUCUCUGCCUGUACUUACACACGAUGCUAUUUGUUUCUCAAAAUUUUAGAAAAUGAACGCUGCAAAUUUGGUCGAACUUUGCCUUUGGCCACAUUUGGCAGUGAAAGGGUUAAAUUCAUUGGAAUGGCAAAAUUACAAAAGAUACUGCCAAAGAUUAACGUGCCUUUUUACAUAAUUUCGACGAUGUUUUGUAGCAGUCACAUUAGCGAUUGCAGCUGCGGCCAUUUUGAUCUCCGCAAGGGGUUUAAGACCUGGGUAAACGGUGUGUUCGGCGAGUAUGAUUGAUUGGCAAUAUCUCUUACUAGAAGACCUAGAACAAAUUGGAAUUUUCCCGAAAAUUAAAUCUUGAGGUCUCCUUGUGCCUUAAGGUUUAAUAAUAGUCACGUGACAUGUCACGAGCCCAAAAAUUGAAAAUGAAGGAAAUUGGUGGCGAAUUAUUUUGCUUUGUUUGGAUAAUGAAUCAGCUUUUCUGAUAGAGGCUAGACAUACCUAAUGUUCUACGCUUAGAAUGAAUGUAAGUUUAAAAUUAAAGUUUUAAAUAAUUCAGUAUUAAAUUUGGGCAUUUAAAAUGAUGUUUACCCUCAUAUUUUUUUUGGAAGAGCAAUGGACGGUCAUUCCAAACGUGAUGUGUUAAAAAUGUUUAAUGUAUAAGAAAAAUGUUAUUGCUCGAUUUCUUUUCAAUUAUUUCAUAUUUUUAGCAAAAUAGUCACGUGACAUAUCACGUGACUUAUUGACACAAUAUUCAUAGUCCGUCAUUCUCACUGCUGACUCCUUUUUAGCUUCGCGAGAUUUUUGCGAUAACGUAUUUCUACUUUAAAAUGUUAAGGACGAUGAGUUCUUUGCCUGUGCCAAAUUUUGACUCAGCUCCAUAAUCUGUGCCGAAGAUAUAGCCAAUAAAUCAUUUCCAAGGGUAUACCUAUUCGACACAAACCUUUCAAACUACUUGAGGAGUUAUCACAGUCCGUAGUCAGUUACAGACCUCGCACUGGCUGCCCGCCAAUUAGCGAGUUUAACAAGACCUUUAUGAGCGAUGCGCGUCUAGCGGCGGUGGAUUUUUUGCAUUCUUGUCCAGUGGUUUUGCCAAAGGUUUUUUGGAAAAUCGUCUCUGUGAGAGAUAAGACACUUAGUAAUACAAAUUUGGCAGCGUCGAGGUUUAUUAAAGCUCCGUUAUAUUAGUUCAAAAUGACCACCACGAAGCAAAGCCUACACCCUACAGGCUACAUCUUAGAGUUUUCGCGUAAUUCGAGGCGGUAACAGACUGCAGUUCAGAGAACGGGAAAAGACGAAAAGCUUACUCGAAAGUAAUCUAAUUUUGUGUAGUGACGAAAAAUAAAUAGAUAAAAUUUGAACGAGGUAAAUAAAUCAAUAAAUUAAUAUAUCAGAAAAAUAAAGAUGGCUUUUUUUCACAGAUGAUGGCACAUUUCGGGAGAGUUUUUAAAUGACACCUUUUUAAGUAUUAACUGUGCUACGCCGUUGUGAUAUUGGACAUCUACCUGAAAGCCAGUCUAAUGUGCUGAUGAAUUUGUUCACAGGAGAUAGUGUCGUUUAACUUACGAGAGGAACCAGUGAUUUUUGUGGGGCUAAAUCAUGAUUUCGUGCCAUACUCGCCACGAGACCCCAGUAGCCUGAAGGGAAACAUUGCUAAUCAUGGAGUAAAGCCCGAUGAACUUGCUGAGACAGAACUCAAUAUUAGAGAAGAGGUACAGUACGCUUUUAUUAACUAACAGCCCCCGGACUAACGGCCCGGAAAUUUUUUUUGAACAUCUUGGAACGUGGCCUUCUCCUAAUCCCGGUUCCUGCAAGACAAGUUAUGCUUAGCAUCUUCCGAGAUACCCUAGAAAAUCCAAGUUUUUGUAUGUCUAUAAAAUCAUUGGUUAAGAAACUGAAAAGCUUCAAGAUAAUAAAACACUCACUGCUUUGUUGGCAUAGAUCCAGAUGAUUUGCUUGUGCAUUUGCAAUGUUUCUUGUAUAGAGAGUUUUCACUCACGUGGCUAGCAUUUGAAAAAUUUGAUAUAUGAAGAUAAAUUUAUGCAAAUUUAUUGGAACAAAAUUUAUUGGAACAUAAAAAAUUUCAAAUCCCGCAGGUUUUUGUUUGGGAAACCAACUAACCUUAGAAAACAGCCGACGUUUCGAGACGCCACUACUGGUCCCCCGCCCACCUCAAAAAGCGUCUGAGAAACGAUCGCAGAAAUUCGAUACUGAUGACGCGCAACUACCCAGAUCUGGGUAGUGCUUGUGCUUGGCUGAAGCAAAUUUCCCACGUUGCACACCCAAUCAGAAGCAUUACCCAGAUCUGGGUAGUGACGCGUCAUCAGCAUAGAAUUUCUGCGCUCGUUUCUCAGACGUCAUUUUGUGAGGAAACCGGUGGUGACGUCGCCAAAUGUCGGCUGUUUUUUCAGGCUAAACACCAACACGUAUGACCUCCUUUACAUUGUUUUGUUACACCAAUAUGGCCGCCGUUACGUCAUGUGUAAACUCCCUAUAUCAUGGACUUGAGCAUUACUGUUAUUAUACAUCUUUAAAAUUAGCUUAGAAUGCGACGUCAAUCAGAGUAAUGUCGAGUGAUCGUUUUUAUUUACUGUUGCAGAUAAUUAAGUUUUCCAUCGAGGAAGGUGGAAACUUUUAUUUUUAUAAUAACGUGGAAACGUUUGAGGAUGAACCUCACCUAUAUAAGGUUGCUUACGAAGAGGACCUGUGUGUACUAGAUGAGAUUUACAGUAGACAGAUAUUCCUGACUCCCUUUCUUAGGUAAGGUUAUUAUCUUUUCCUUAAAUGCAUGUAUCCUUGAGAUUUAAAAAUAAAUUUACUACUCGACGAAACAGUGUGAAACUUUUCUCGACGUUUCGACUCCCUCGUGUUGUUUUCCUUAAGAUGGCAACCUUAUUAGAUCACAUGACUGCGCUGGACACGUAACAGCAGACUGAGCACCUUGAAGCCUUAUACUUGUUGAUCGGAACAGAGCUCAUCUCUGUUCUACCUGCUCAGGUAGUUAGAAACGAAGAGAGGCGGUUGUCGGACAGGCUAAGCUUGUGGACUGUUUACCAGGACGCUUAGCCUGAACGAUCACAAGUAUGAUCGUAUCAGUUAGUGUAAUAAGGCAAAAACGGACGAUGUUUUCCUUUGCGUGAAAUGCUAAAGAUAAUCCCCCAUAAUUUAAGAAGGAAUAUGUCUUAAAAGUAUGAUUUUAUCGCAGGUAUUCUCGAAUCCCAAUCACUGCUACAAACGCACCUGAAGAGCAAGACUUCGAUCAGUUUAUCAGCGCCGUAAAAGAUAUUCCUCAGUUAUUCGACAGAAACUCUUCAGCUCCUUUGCCCGCCAUGGUGUUCAACUGUCACGUCGGUCAGGGUAGAACUACUACAGGAAUGGUGAUUGGCUGCUUAAUCAUGUGUCACAGGACUGGUUUUCCGGCAGAAUCGCAGUAAGUGAAACCCAGAUUUCAUAGACUUACGUGGCUGUAUCCUGUCUUCCGUCUUUGUAUGGAUUAUAAGUACAGGUAAUUAAGGUGGGCGUAAACUUGAUCAUAUUGUUCUUAGGAAAGGCCUGGAGGGGGGAAGUGCUGUAGUCACAGGUUUUGCUGGAGUGGAUUGUGGCAUCUGUAACGGUAAUGUUGCCACCCUAAGCCAUUUCCAUUUCCACAGGAACGAUAUGACCUAAGCCCAUGUAGAGUAUAUACAAUUUUACAGCACGGUUUGACUUGUUUUUGAUUUCACCGUUGUUAUUUUCAGCACAAUUCCGCUACCAGUCGAUGAAAACAAGCCAAACUUAGAAAGAGGAGAAUUUCGGCUCAUUCAGCAGCUUGUAAAGAACCUUCCUAAUGGAAGGCAGAUUAAACACGAGGUAUCAUAUCAGCAUUGCAUACGUUCGUAAUUACACUUAUUCUUAUUUCUUGUCCCAUUAACAAGAGAUUAUGUUUUUCUUGAAUCUUAACCGGUACAAUAGGGGGUUAGGGGAGAAUUAAGAUAAUCAAGGGGAGUGUCAAUUCUUUUUCUUCCUCUAUCUUCCCAUUCUUUCAUCUCCGAGAAGGGGAGGGGGUGCGGGGGGUACUCUAGAUGUGUGCCGCUGCACAGGAUCCUGGAAACAUUGGCCUAUCAUCGACAGACCAUGUUCAGAUGCAAUUUUGCCACCCUAUACUAGACGAAGUGCCACAUGUUACUGCCCCACCCAGACUAACUAUGAACAACGGGAAGUCCAAUUCAUCCUUCCAGGAACAAACACCCGACUUAGCACAUGUAUGGUAGAGCCCCUCCCUAACCUGACCUGUGUUCCACCGCAGCUUACCACUCUUUCUUCACUGAGUUUGCAUUCUCCGCAAACCCCACUAAGUUCAGCCAUGUAGGCUUUUUUUUUGCUUACGUCGUGUUUUGCUGUGUUUUAAAGGUGGACUCUGUGAUUGACAUUUGUUCUGAAGUCAUGAACCUGCGGUCUGUUAGUUACGAAUGUAAAAAGAAACUGGAAGAAAUAAAGGAUGAUUACAAGAUUGAGGUACGGUUAAAUGUUAAACGACAUAUUUGAUUAAAUAUAAUGGUUAAUAGAAAAACGGCUCUUUCUCCUUGACCAAGAUUAUCUUUUACCUUGACUAAUCAGAACAGGCGUAGAUAAUGUAGGCAACCAAUCAGCGAUAUGUGGAGAUGUCGCCGGUGCGAAAGGCGGGAAACGGCUUUGGUUUUACUUCAGAUUGGUUGACAAUUCACCAGUGGGGCGGUAAUUUUUUAUUUUCAGGAAGUAGAAAUCAGUACAAAAUCUUAGCCAUCACGAAUACGCAUAUACUUCCGUCGGGGUGAUUUUCUUCAUAUAAAUUAUUUUGUGAUUCUGUUAUGUACUUUUCAGGGCCAGAGCGCGUGUGAAUACUGGUUAAAGAGAGGAUUAAGCGCCCUGGAACGUUAUUUCUUUCUGAUCCUAUUCAAUGCGUACCUACAUGAACAGGUAAGAGCUAAACUCAAGUAAAGCCUGCGUGGCAGGCAUUCGGACGUCAUGGGUGUGAGAGAGAACGGGGCGCGCCGCCGGAGACAAGCACCUGCUUCCCAGGCCAAAUCAGAUACCGGUAGACAAAAAAACAGGAAAUAAAUGUCCUUGGCAAACAUACAUGUCCUGCCAGUGGGCUCGGACAUCAGCAUACUAAGGGCGCCGAUGGCAGCCGCUAUCACUCCAUUUAUGGAUGGAAAUGUAAGUUGAAGAUUCGGUCCCUAUUCUUUUCGAAUAGUGUCCCACAGAGUUAUAAAUGAACAAGGUUUUUGUGAGACCCUCCGGUUUAUCGUCCUUAUCCGAGAAGACUUGAAAUUCUAAUCCAGAUGUCAUUACAAAGACAGCACUUUCUCCUUCCGGCCAAAACUCGCGACCUCCCGCUCAGCCCGGCGCUCUCCCAACUGUGGACGGCGGUUGGCUUGUUGAACAAAAGUCCUGUGGACGUAAACAAGCCAGCCUACGUCCUUAAUCAACGGCAGAUUACCAAAGGCACUUUUAUGAUCAAUAUUCAAUACUUUCCCUCUCCAGUUCCCGCUCAUGUUUUCACAAACGUUUCGGAAGUGGAUGCAGCGGAGACCUUGGUUGUACCGAAUGCUGAGUCAUAUCGACGUCAUGGAAAGAGGAGUGACGUCAGAGUUUAUGUCCAAAUAUCAGAAUCCCACUUUCUUGGUGAUUAUUGUUUCUUAAUCUUUGUUAAAAGCAAAACAAGUUAUCUUUGCUGGCAUCGAGUAAUCUAUCAUCCUAUGGACUGUAUUAGUGUAUUAUUUCAUCGAUACGGACUAAACCUGUACUAAUGAAGAGAAUUAAAAGUGCGUACGUUAUUAAGUAGCCAAAGUAGGUAGUGUAUGGACAACAGAGCAUGUUCUGUGAAACAUUCGUUGUUUGCAAUGGAUGGAUCAGGUGAUUUCUGAAGGUGAUUUCACCCCACGCUAUCUAAUAUAGGCCAUUUCCGAGUUCUCCCGGGCCUCUGUUUCAAAACGAGGUUAAGUGCUCAGUUUGAUAUGGAAAUGGCUUUAAUUUUCAUUCUCAUGCAAGUAAAACUCAUUUUCUCAAGAAAGUUUGUGCACUUGGCCUCAUUUUGAAAGUGAGGGUUUUUGGAACUCGGAAGUUGCGUAUUCGUUUAAAUCAGGAAAUAAGCUCUCUAUAUAGCACUGUGAAGAAUGUUAUGGAAAAUAAUGUCACCAGCAUUUAAUCUCUUGCUACAGAAUUAUGUUUUGCUCACUAGCUAAUCUAGUCAUGGUUUGUUCAAUAGCGGAAGUUUUCUCUCCUAUUUACCAUCGGUAUUCAUGAUCAAUCCUUUUGUGUCUUGAAGAGUUGUUCUUUCUUCCGCGUUUUAAACAUCCUUUUUUUUCUUCGUAGGUUGCUGAUGAGCAAAUUAGUCUCGAUGUCUUAAGUACGAGGCGGGAAUUUGAGGUACAAAUUACAGUCAAACCAGGUCAAGCGUUCCCGUCGCUAACAAACUAAUGAAUUCAUUAAUGGAAAAAUGAUUUCGUUUGUUGAUUCAAUAAUCCAUUCAUAACAUGAAUAAUCUAACGGUCAAAUUGUACCUCGAUUCAAUAAUCAAAUGUUGAUUUGGUUUAUGAACAAAAUCUACCUGUUCUUUAUUCUUGUCUGUUGUGUUCAAUCGUAUUUGCUUCCCUUUUCCUGCCGUUUACGAUUGCGUUUUUCAUUGCCUUUAAUCAAAAUAACAGCUAGAAUAGACAGACCGCAAACGCAACGAAACUGACAAAGGCCGAGGAUCGAAAUCCACCAAUCACCGCACGUACACUGACCUCAGUUUGACCGUCGUGUUUUCUAAGAGAUCAGGCCUAGGUCUGUUGCACUGAUUAUUGGCAGCAAACUGGCGUACAUGUAACAUUUUGUUUGGGUUUGAACUUCAGAACUCGCCAGCACUCGACUCUCAGAAAAAAAAGAGGAAAAAACAAAAUUCUGAGGUCAACUUGUGGAAAGUGUAAUUUUUCAAAAAACAGUAAUCGAAUCAACAUUCGAUUAUGGAAUCGAGGCUAAAUAUGACUAUUGGAUUGUUCAUUUUAUGAAUGGAUUAUUGAAUCAACAAACGAAAUCAUUUUUCCGUGAAUGAAUUUAUUAGUUCGUUAGUGACGGGAACGCUUGACCUGGUUUGACUGUAAAGCUUAAGCGAAACUUAGCUGACUUAGAGAGUGACGUGGCCAUCUCUUUAACGAUCCUAAGGGUGACCAACAUGAAUUUUCUCCUUGGAAUUCUAAUGCAUAAUCAAGAGAAAAGGUUAUAAGAAUUUCUAAAAGGAUCAUCUGAAGAGAAAAUGCUGCUCUUUGGUCUUUUAUCAGACGGGAAUGUACGGAGAAUUUGCUUGUGGCAAUUGGGGCUUAAAUAAGGGAUUAUGAUCAUGAAUAUUUUUUUGCAUUAUGCACCUUACUUUAACAAUUGUUUUUACCAGAGAUAUAAGAGGGUCGUGAAGGGGUAAAAUGGGAACUGGGAUUAGCCUUAUUGUGGACUGGGAAAAUGGGAUUUACUCACUGGGACUGGGAUUUAGCCACUGGGAAUGGGAUGAACAAUUAUAAAAUGGGAAUGGGAUUUCUUUUCUUCAGCGGUCUUUGCUCCAAUAUUUUGAAAUAGAAAAAUAAAAUUUCGUAGCAAUAGACCUUGCACUCUUCAGUAGAGACCGUGUAAUCAGUAUUUUUCGCCUUCGCGCCCGCGGUCUAGCUACCAGGCUUACACGGUUGCAUAAUUACGUUCUGUCAGUUUUCCUGGUCAGCGGACAAGUUCUGCAAGUUUGCAUAUGGCGGGAAGAUAUUGUGAAGGGAAGAUAAAAAUGGCUUCCGAAAAGGUUUCUCGCAAAAUGGUACUAGAAAUCAAGUACGUCAAUGCCAAUAACGCCGUUAUACACACCGAAAAUUUGGUAACUGGGAUUUUGGCAAAAAUUAGCCUGGGAACUGGGAUUUGGGCCAAAUUUAGGCUGGGAACUGGGAUUUGGUACCCCCCUUCACGACCCUCAUAUAAUGUAACCAGUUCGUCUGGUGUGAGUUUUUUGAAGCCUGAUUUACCACUCAACGCCUGUAUUUAAACUUCUGCUAUUUCGUUUAGGUUUCAAAUUUUCGCAAAGUUCCUGGAUUUCCGGUGUAUGGCAUGUGCCAACCUUCAAGACAGGUGCGACAACCUUAGAAUUUUUUUGUAACGUGUGAUAAUUUAUUCUCCUCAUCAACAGUAUUCUUUUUGAGUACAGUCGAUUCUCCCCUAACAGACUUGCCCCUUUAUAAGAAGGUCACUGUCUCUCAGUAAAACGGACACUUAGACCUAGUACCUGCCUUUAUCUGCUCUCUGCUUUAUGCGACUAUCUACAAGACGGACAUCACUAACGGAAACUUAAUAGUGGCUUAAUAGUGCCGCUCCCAAAAACAUCAGUCUUAGAAAGAGUUCAGAUCAAGACUGUAAAACACAAUGUUGAAAGGUUCUGGACUCUUUUUUGACUUGAAAUCAAUGAAAAGUAUUUUCUCUCAAAAAGUUAUAACUAUUUUACUGUUCGUUCCGUUUGCACAGGGUCUAAAUCGUGUUGUAAGCUUUCUUCUCGGAGCAAAAUGCCUUCACCCUAAGGUUGUUCUCUUUAACGUCAGAGAAGACCUCGCAGUAGACUGUGAUGGGAACACGUUGAGUCCAAGAGAGGUAAGCUCGCAAUAGAAAUAUUGAAGCUGGCUUAUUAAGAUUAUCAAAAAAGCCGCUUAUAAAGAACCUUAUAUAAAUAUUUUCUAGGGUUCUUGUACAUUAGGUAUCUACUAAGAAUGUUGGGUUUCUUGGGUCUAACUCUUUUCAGACAAAGGCUCACUUUUUUUAAGUUACUUUCCUGAUUUCCAACACAUGUCUAGCCUCAAAUAGAUGAUAUAAUAAGGGACAACACCCCCAAUUUUAAGCCGAACAGUUAUUUGAUUCUUAUACGUGGGUUUUUCUUUACUGUCAGUGUUGACUUCAUGUUUCAUCGCACUUAGGCGGGGUGGUUGAAUUCGAGGUAUUCCUUUUUGUACUGUUAUAGCUUGCUGCAGGAAUAUGGAAAAAUUUGAAAUUGUUUAAUGGAGAUUUUGGCAGAAUAGUAAAAUUCCUUGUUCAUUUAUAACUUUGAUAACUUGACAAAUUGUGUUUUAGCCCUCGUACGGACUAAGUUCACUUGGGAGAUCAUGCUCAACCUACUUAAAUAUGAAACGACCCCUGGGUUCAAACCUUUCCCAAUUUCAUAAUUAUAGACUUUAUAAUUUCAUUUGUUGAAAUUCACAUCGCGUUUUGUUUCAAUUUAAGCUUUGCCACCUUUGCGAUCACAUGCCGUACAGAGGAUUGGACACUUCUGGAAUUGAGGUACAUCAAUGAUUUUAAAUACUCCUGAAAAACCUGUUUUUACAGCGCUAUCGUAAUUGACAAUUUGUAUUUUUCUAAGCACUGCUAAAAAUUGUGCAUUAUUUUAAAAUUUCAGCAAAAGGAAAAUGAGUUAAGAUCAGACCUACUUAAAAAAGGGAAGAAGCGUCCUAUUCAGGUAGAAUCUUAGUUAUCUUUCUAUAUUUUAUUCUCUCUGACAAAGGAUCUAAACUGUUGUCAUGGUAACGAAUCUCGACCCAGCCCCCUCCAGAAGCCUCUUUGCUACUUUAAUAGAGAGCUUACGCGGCCAACGACGACGGCAAUGAACACGCCCCGCUGAAAAAAAUGAAAUUGCGUCCUUUCAAACUUUAUCGCGUCUAUUUUGACCCGCUCAAUUUGUCAAACAUGGGCGACUAUUCGUGGAUUGAAAACCUUAAGGACUUUAUCCAUGUUCAAAAAGAGGAAGGAAAAUUUGUCGUCGUAUGUUCAAGUUCUCCAUAAAACGUCGCAUAUAAGGAGGUUUUUACAUCGUAGUCGUGUAAAGUCGAUGUUAAGGAAAUGUACGAACGUGUGAUUCAUAAGCAGAGCAACCUCGUUCCCAAGGCUCUCCAUCUUGCUUCGAGAAAGAACCCUGGUUGUGGCUGGUCACGUGGAAAUGUGUGACAGCGGGGUUAGGUCCACUGGACAAUGAAAUACUAUCUGGGGUAGGGACAAAAUUUUGGUUCAAAAUAGCGCUUGAGUUUCUGAGUUGCGUGCAAACUGCGUUGCUUUCAGAUAGUUACGAUAACAUUAUUUCAAAAGCAAAACAGGUUAUUUGUACUUGAAAAAAGAUGUGCUCGCCGUCCUGCAAACAGGAUACGGAAAAUCUAUUUUGAUCUGCACGUGCGACAUCAGCUUUUUGUAAAUUUGCAUACUCCGCAUAUGCAGUUCAUGAAAAGGAAUAGAUAAUGCAAAAGUCAGGUUUACAUAAACCGCACCAAGAUGGUAGUUUAAAGAUUGUUAUGGUAUUUUCCGCUUUGGUUAAUUUAUCGGCUGAAGCACGAUAUACCAAGUAAAUAGCCGUCCUCGCUCCCAGGGUUCUCUCUUUUGCAUUAUGCAAAACUAUUUUUUCGAAUUUUUUCGGGUUUUGUUGACAUUCGGGCCCCGACAGAGUUCCCCUCCCUUAUUUUUGCAGGCUCUCAGAUUUUGGGAGCCACGUGACCAGCCGCAACCGGGGUUCUUUCUCAAAUCAAGAGAAAGUCCCUGGGAACGAGGUUGCGAGCAGAGUUGCGUCGUUUAAUUUAGCUCAUGGGACCAAUUAUUAUUAUUGUGAGACAAUGGAGUCUUGAAAAAUUUGCAAUUUUGUCCCUGAAGCCUCAGAAUCGUGUUUGAUUUUUGAUUAAUCGAACUUUGGCUUUUCAAACUGACCAGGAUAGUGCAAGCGAUUACUAGUAUACUGGGCCUGACCCAUUCAUUAUAAGGAGACACUUACUUAAAAAUGGACUUUGACGACUCUGAAUUUUUCUUAGAAAGCGCGGGGCUAUAGGAAUUCAGGGUUUUAGUUUUUAACUUUAAUAGUUUGUUAUCCUCGUUUAGGUGUAUUUGGAUAUCAACUCACAGCCGGAGGAGCGGGAUUUCAACAGUGUUUUGACUCUGCGAGAAUCAGCGGAGCUGUGCAUAUCAAAGCACCCACAAACAACGUACUUUAGGCUGCCGCUACCAGAAGAUAAGGCACCCGAGGAAAAGGUAAAAUCAAUGCCCCCGGAGGGUACUCCUAGGAAUUCUUGGCGGGGGUGUGCCGCCCGGUUCUCUAAAUCCUUACCCUAUUUCAGACCAAAAAAUCACACCAGUUUUCAGACCUGGACUAUAAGAAAUUAAUUUUGCCAUCAUUUCUUAGAUUUGAACGAUUUCGAAUUCGCAUAUUUUUCAUUCCUUCUUAGUGAAAUACGUUCAUACAGACAUGUCGUUCUAUACCCGUUUUCACACAAAAAUGGCGCAAAAAUCAUAUCCCUUGGUGCAGCACAUACCCAUGUGGCUUAUAUAUUGGAGUCUUCCCCGGGAGGUAGCGCUGUGCGGGCGAAGGAAUUUCUCUAUCCUGUGCGGAAAUAGACGUGAAGUUUCACUCUCCGUUUUCAGCCUCGCCUUAGACCUUCUGUUUCACUGUUCGCACGUACUUGACUACUCAACAAGGACUGUUUUGCAGUCUAGUGCAGAGGUAAUAUUAGUGACCAAGUAGAUGCUCCAUAAUAUUAAAUAAGGCCAACUUACAGACACCGGUGGAGACUAACAUCACUAUUUUUUCAAAGUAUGUUGUUGUUUAUUUAGUGUCUUCUAUGGUAGGGCAAACUGAAAAAAUGUUUGGAGUAAAAACCAACGGAUUAAAGUCACCUCCCAGGGACGCAAAACUCUGAGCUGAGACAAACUUCUUGAUUUACAACUAGUCGAAACUAGGCAGCACACUUGAAUGAUCUUACCAUUUGAGCCCUAGCCAUGCCUUCCGCUCUAAGUGUGUGCCUUAAUAACUGUGAGCAAAGCUUUCUCGAGCUGAAAGAAGUUCAUAACUAAGCAAACAUAGCCUAAAGAUCGUGUUAGAAAAUUUUACGCUUGCGCGGACGUCACAGAGAGCCCAUAGUUAUGACGCACACACAUGGCAACCAAGGUUAAAAAUACUUCCUCCAUGACCUUAAUUUUCACUUAAUACAGUAUACAGUCGAACCUCCUUUAAGCGACUACCUAUCCGAAACACCGAAAUUCUCCCAGUCAAAGACUUAGUUAAAGUUGAACCACUCGUAAACUACCGCCUCUCCUAAGCGAAUGUAACCAAUUUUUAGGAUGACGGUUUUAGGAUUGUCCGUUGUUUCUAUCCUUUUCUAAGCGAUUACCCGGUACAAUGGUUUGAUUUUGUGUUUACUGUAUAUAGUACGGUACUCAGAGUGUGAAAAGAAGUUUUAGAAAGCAAAAAAGGAUUCACAGGUAUUGUAACCUAAAAGUUGCAUGAAUACUUUCUCUGCAAAAAGUAGAUGUGUUCGGACUUCUCCUUGUAAAAGAACUCCUGCAGUUCGACUGUCGUAAGCGAUUACCUCCUGUAAGCAACCACGUACUCUGUCUAACCAUUUUGGUGGUCGCUUAUACUAGAGGUUCGAGUGUAUUUUGUUUGCUUUUAACAGAUUUUUCCCCGAACUGGACUUCCUAUUUUCCUUUAGUUAGAUCAUUGCUACCUCUUAGAGCUAAGAUAUCCUGAAACCAAUUCCAUGAGGGAUCCUAUUCGAGUUAUCGUCUUUCUUUCUUUCUUUCUCAAGUAUCUGAUCAAGACAUUUACUUUGCAGGAUUUUGAUCGCAUAUUGUUGAUCCUUAACAACCUGCACGAGAUUUACACCGAUGAAGACGGACCUGCUUUGGUGUUUAACUGCGAACAGGGCAAAGGUCGAACAACCACAGGAAUGGCAAUAGCGGCACUUAUAUACUGCAACAAAAAGGUAAAUGAUACCGUCUCCUUUUCAGGCACUUCGUAUUUCGCAUAGAGACGUGCGCGGAACGCGAGUGACUGGUGACGAAGUGCAAUGGACCAUGGAAAUGAGAAUGAAGAGAGACGUCUGGGUACGAGGCGUUUUGUUUCAUGAGUCUUUUAUUUCAUAUGGGACUCCUGGCGAAUUUUAUUGUCUUGUCUGUUUCCUUGUCUCAGUUUACACUGGAAAUGGUGAGGAAGCGAUCGUAGGUUUUAUGUAAACUCAAACAGCCCGCUGUUUCAGGCGUUCAGUUAGAAGAGAGUGGUGCGACUAUGAAAAGAAGAUUGAAAAAAAGCGCUAGUUAAGGAGAGAAAGCGUUCCCAUUCCCUGGAACAGACUAAAACUUUGAGAGCUCUAGCCUGCGAGCAAGUGGGGAUAACACGAUAUGUCUCGCCUUAUCUAAUCCGCCGAACGCUAGCCUGGACGUAGGGCAAUACUGGACGAUUUCAAGUUCGAUUUAAAGAAAUGAAAAUGUUAGUUUGUGUACCAGUUAUUCCAGUAAGAUGAAUUUGUCAAAGGUUUCUCUGAUCCGAGAGAGAUUUGUUUGUAGUGAGAAAGUGUUCGCGUUGUAGACUGUUGUGUCUGUGAAAAUUGCUUGACCUUCAUAUUUAUUACCUUCAUUUCAAUCUUUUAGGGGUUUCCCGUGGGCACUAAAGUAGAUGAACAAGAUCCAGCUUGUGUCCCGAAUGCAAAGUAUACCCUGGGAGAAUUUGCUGUAAGUGUUGCGUGUUAAAUAAUGCUUUAUAGAUAUAAAAGGGUACCAUAAAACUCUGAUUUUAGGUACCUUUUGUACAGUUUCUAACCCUAUUAUUGUAGAAAACUGGAAACAUUUAAACUGUAUUUGCAUACCUUAAGCGCAUGGUUUUAUGGAAAGGUGGGAUAUAAAACUAGAGAAGAUUACCAUACGACAUGUUAGGUAGGGUAGCACAUUGAAGAGUUGUCUUUAAGAAAUCGAAGAGAAAAAAUGGUAGUUAACUACAACAAACGUCAAACUCGUAACCUAUUGGCUGUAGUUAUCUCUGGUACUCUGUGAUGCUCAUGAAAUUUUCAAAAUGGGUGACCAUUUAUUUAGACAAAGAAGGCCAGUCUUAAUAGAUCGCUUCUGGUUGAACGUAUGCUUUGUUUUCCUUAAUAUGUAGCUCACAACGUUCUUAAGGAAUUUUGCCCUUUGUCUUUUUAUAAAAAAAAGAUUUUUAUUUUUUGUUUCAUUUUUUGUUUUUUCUUACGCGUGCACGUGAACAAGAAGAUCUUUGAAAGAAAUAUUUCUAUAUAUAUAGGUAACCUUGGGUACAGUCGCCCCGGCCCCUCCCCUAAAAUGAGUCGGGGAGAGAGACGAUUGUGUCUCUGUUCCCCUUUUUUAUUGUGAGGUCAAUAGGCCAUUUCGGCACGAUGGAGUCACUUUUCUACGAUGACCAGAAUCCUAUUCGUUUCUCCUUUCAUUUGUAAAUUUGGUUAUCCCAGCCAGGUUUAAAUAACAAAAGUCCGAAUUUGAACAAGAAAAAAAAAUGAAGGAUUCUGGUCAUAGUAGUAAAAUGACGUCAUCUUGCAAAUGCUUAUUCAGGCUAAAAUAAAAAACAAUCGAGCUCGUUCUCAGCCCGGUCUAUCUACGUCCAGGCCUCUGUCCCUCCAGGGAGAAGAAUAAAGCCUGGAAACGAAGUUGAAUCAUAGAAAAGUUCAAAAAAAGUUUAAAAGGUUAAGCUGCUGACUUCAGCAGAGGAGAAAAAUGUUUUUUUUUUGCUAAUAUUUCUUCAGGUUAUUCGUCACCUCAAACGAGUUUUGCCAAGUGGUCCUCAAAGAAAACGAGAGGUUGAUUAUGUUCUGGACAGAAUCUCAGAAACCAUGACACCGAUGCAUUACCAUACGAGAGAAGUAAUCUUCUCGACUUUUAACUUGGUGAGUGAAUAAAGCUUUUCAUAUGACCCUUUAGUCAUUGUCGGGGAGGCUCCGCUCCGAGGUCCAACCUCUUACCCUUUUUGACAGUAAAGGUACUCCCUUCGUAUACCGCUUCUACUGACAAAUGGUACCCCUUUCACAUACCUAGUUUAAAACAAUGCAUCCCUUUUAACUGCUGUGCCCUUUUAAUAUGCGUUAUGGUCAACUUUUCGCCUUCUUUUUCUGCGUAAUCAUUAUGUAAACAGUACCGGAGCAGUACUUCCUCAACCAUCCCUGAUAGCGUCCCAUGCCACCUGCCCACGCCGGAUCUUUCUGUACCUAUGUUUUUGCGAUUUUUUCACCUUUUCUUCCUAUUACACUGCUGAAUUAUAGUUGUUUUUUUGUUUUAACAGUACCGGAGCAGUUGUUGCGCAAGCCGUGAACAGUGUCUUGAGCUACGUAAAAGAAGCCUGUACUAUUUGGAAAGAUAUUUUUACCUUAUCCUGUUUAACACUUAUCUUCACAUGGAGAGGAGAACAAAAUGGCAGCGAUCUUUUAGCCAGUGGAUGAUGGAAGUUGCAACAGCAGCAGGUGUUUAUGAAAUUCUCGACAACUUUGGUUUCCACGAUUUUGAAAAGACUGAGGAGCGACUACGCGCGCUGCGAUGGAGAUGGCGGGAAAGUUACAAAGGGAACUCGACAAAUUGAAACCGUUGUGAAGGGGGAAGGGAGACGGGGAGGGGGAAUAAUAGACCUUAUUCACGAUACCCGCCAUCUUUGCACGCGGUUUAGGAUUAAUGGGGUAAAAGCAAUGUCACGUUUUAUUUCCGGGGGGGAGAUAAAUUUUGGCAUUAGGAGUAAUCGCGGUUGAGUUUGUUUAUUCUAUCAAAACGAAACGACGAUUAAAAGACUUGGAAAAUGAACAGUUCGAGUUUCGGCAAGUUUUACUUCAACAUUGCUUGCUCUGACGACAUCUAAGGUCGCUAUUGCAUCCAAAAAGGUAACAGUGAAUGACACUGACGGAAAAACUUAACUUAGGGUCAUAGUCCCUGAGGCGUGGAGAACGCAAAUUUUGUCUUUACAUCUCUUCUAAAAAAUUAAUAGUCUAGGAAGAAAAAUGAAAAGAAAUCUGCAGUCCUAGAUUUGACAUGUUUUUCAAAAGUAAAUAAUGUACAAUAAAGAUAACAUUAUGGUAAUUAGUACAAUGUUAAAGAAAACUAAAAUAUUGACUUAGUCAUUUAGAUCCUUAAGUGGAAGAUACAUUAUAAAUAUAGUGCAACUAAAAGAAUUAUUAUAAUUGUAAUUGUAAAAUAGCGGUAUUUAAUUUAUUAAAGCCGAUUUAAGACAUUAAUUAGAACUGACGACCUGGCAUAGAUUUUUAAAUGCCUCGGUCCUGAUGGAAUGGAAUACAUGUGUAUUGACGAGAAAGGAGAAUAUUCUAAACACUGUCGUUGUAUUUCAGUUAGGGGCACAGAAGGGGUUAAAUCUCUGACUUAAAAUAUCAGAGUAACGAAUCAAAGUCAACCUCCCCUAAGAAACCACAAAAUCUUCAUGGUCUCUUACGGGGAUUUCUAAGUCGCACCUUGUAAGGAAAACCAAAACAGUCUUGGAAUCUGGAUUUCAGGCCGUGGAUUCCUCAUUCCAGUUUUCACAAGCAAAAAUCUCUUGGAUUCCGGAAUCCGGAAUCCCUCCCUUGGGGCGAUCCAGGCCACGAGAGAUUCGACGAUUUACUGAUCAGCAAAACGUUUCUCAGGGAAUGGUGGGAGAUGGGGCAGCACCUGGCUAGUUAUGUGCGAUCCAAGAACUUCCUGUGUAAGAAAGUUAGGCGCUAGCUUUUUAUUCGGAUGGAAGAUUUUGGUAAAGAGUUUUUUGGGAUUGACGAAAGUGGUUAUUAUAAAAGUUCAUACAGUGGGACACUUCUAUUCAUGGGACACCUCCAUUCAGGGGACAGAAAAUUUGGCCCCGGAAAAAUGUUCAUAUAACCUUUGUAUUUGUUAACUCUAUUGACGGGACACCUCUAUUCAGGGGAAAGGGACUCUUUUUCUGGGUCCCGAAAUCCAGUUUUAACUUUCUUUCGGGGGACACCUUAGUACUCCAACAGUGUCUGACCACAAAAAGGGUUGAUAAGUUUCAUUGUUCUUUAGUCAAAAUGGCUACAGCUUUCAAAACAUGAAAUAUCUCACUAAAAUCGAUGUACUAAACUUGUGGUUUCAGGAGUUAAAUAAUGAUUGUUUUAUGUAUUUAUAUUGUUUAGCUGCUUGAAUGAUUACAGCAGAUUCCUAUGCAGAAUAAAAGAAAAAUAUUUUA